GAUUGCGCGUCAGUUCGCAGAUGUUCACGAAGUAGCGUUGUCGACGCGUGCGAGAGGCGUAAGUGUUUUGGAUGUCGUUGUCAUACACGACGGCGGCAGGCAUGUCCAGCUCCCUGACGGUUUCCCUGUUGCUUGUCGUCGCACUGGCAGACCCGGGUCAUCCCACGCGACGCACGUUACGCUCGAGGCUGAAUCCGGAUUGCGACGAGACGUGCCGAGGGCGAAACGUGACGACGCUCCACCUGAGUGCCGAUGGACCGAACGACACGUUGCAUUACUUGUGGGAUUUCAUCGGCAAUCCGUCCGUCCUGCUGGCGCUUACACCUCCGUCCACCUCGCUCAACAUCAGCUGGGAGGAUUAUCUCGCGAGGCGAGAGAACUCGGUCCAUUUUUCCGAGAAACCCACCUACUCUUUCGGCAUGAUAAUAAAUAAGAUCAUCGAAUUCAACGAUGUAAAUGACACUGCACUAAUCGACACUGCCGACAUCGCUAAUAUGAACGUUUUGCAUCUCGAGUAUUUCAACUGGCAGCGCGUGUCCUUAACGCAAAACAACGAUUUCGUCUACCUGAAUAUGGAGGGUAACUCUUAUCACGAUACAGCUAAGAAUAUCAGCAGAUAUGGGAGUAUAAAGCUUUCGCUUCGGGGAUUCUGCACUCUCGAUCACGCGGAUAUAGUGCCUCAUAUGUUACACACGGAAAAUUCUACGCAGAUAGACAUUAUCUUGGAUAAUUUGCAGACCAACGAAACCUUUUCCAACAGUAGAUUCGCUAUUGAAUUACUCAUGGUUGGUGGUGGUGAUCCUGAUAUAUUAAUGUUCGUUGAUCCGAAAAAAAGUCUCGAUGACGAGCAUACACCAGGUAUAUUCGAGAUUGUUGAAGUUAGAACGCCACCUUACAGAGAAUUAAACGGUGCAUUAAAUGGCGGAGCGUAUUUGCAAUGGCGACCAGUGUCGUACAACAGCGCGUUACGCGAUGUAACUAGUUCUACAGAGACAAUGCAAUAUUCACCAAAGAGAAUAUCCAAAUAUACCAACGCUGUUAAAAAUUCGAUGCUCUAUUGUUAUUAUGGAAAUGCGACGAAUCUUCUUUUACAAAAAUUAACAAUUUCUUUGGGUUCGAAAGGGGACGGUUUCUACAAAAAGACGAACUAUUUAACAUGGACUUUUAUAAUCGGUUAUGGAACACCACCCGAGGAGAGAUUUUCUUCUCUAGUCAUUAUGAUUAUCUCGAUUGGCCUUGGCCUUCCUUUGCUCAUCAUGGUCAUCACUGGCCUGUAUCUUUGCAUUCGUAGAAUGCCGAAGCAACAUGGCAAUGUUUAUUUAAGUCGAUGAGUUCGACGCACGUGCCAUGUAGUUUUUGCGUACGCUGCGCGUUUAGAUAUAUUGCUAUAUCAUAUGUACCACUGUUGUACACGAAGAUAUAUUCCUAUAUUUAUAUGCGACACAAUAUAUAUAUUUUUACACGAACUGUUAGCCCGGAUCUGACAUCAGUGUGAUAAGCACGAGUGAUCUGUUCUCUCACAAUUUAUUUAACAUUAAACGAGGCGUUUGUGUGGUUGUUCUUUUAUCUUAAGAUAUAUGUGGGAUUAGGAUAUGUGAGAGAGAUUAAAAUCAACCACAUUUGUUUUAUAUGCUAUGAGAGGACAGCGUGUUAAUUUGUGCAACGAAACAUUGAACUUUUAUAGCUAAUUUGUAAUUGAAUGCGUUUAUGUGUGUGUGUGUGUGUGUGUGUGUGUGUGUGCGUAUGCGUUUAUGUGUGUGAGCGCGCGCGCGUGCGUGCAUGACUUAUGAAAUACAUAUCUUGCAAUAAGUA